AUGGGCGACGAGAAGAAUUUCCGCAGCCAGUUUUAUGGAAAGGUUGGAUUACGUGAAAUUGAAGAUAAAAGAGCCGUGGAAGCUUUGCUGAAGGAACAACCAUUAGACGAGAAGAAAUUUGCUCAUUUUUGCCAGCGUUCAGUUGUUCCAGGUGCAUACCGAAUUUUGGUGUGGAAAUUAUUGCUGCGUAUAUCUCCUCGCUAUGCCGAGUCACAAGAUUAUGUACAACAGCAACAAACUCUCAUGUUUGAGGAGCUUUUUGGUACACUUAAAGGUGUGGGUAAUGCUUAUAUAGCAAUCAUGGGAAAUGAUAUAAAUGAUCACUGUCUUCCAGACUACUACAAAGGUUACCAGGAAGCUCCGGUUGCUGAGCAGUACCUUGUUAUGUGGUUAAUAAGAGAAGGAAAGCUUCUUUACAACUCAAGAGAACAAUUUAAGGAAAAGGAAUGUCAACAUUUCCUCACAAUUGUGAAAAAGAUUUCAUGUUUCUUUGAUAACCCAGUUGAUAUUUUUCUUGUAUGUUCCUCUGUUUACUCUUUACUCUUGAAAAAUGAAAACAACAUCGCAGAUGCCGUACAGGACGCCAUCGGUAUGUUGCGUAAGGAAAAUGACAUUCUUCAUCGUCACCUUUUAAAGUUGGGGCUCUUCAACAGUAGUUACCUAGUAAGCCUGUGCAUGAGUCUCUUCUGUGACAUCUUCCCUGAGACUGCUAUAGAGAAAAUCAUGGAUAAGGUGAUUGCUGGUGCAUUUAGGGUGUUUGCAUUUGUUAUUUUCUCCUUGCUAAUGUACUUCAAGCAACAUUUAUCAUCUGUAUCUACUGUAGAAGGUGUCAAAAGUGCUAUAAGUCUUCUUCGAAAGGAGGAGGCGGAAAUUCUUGUCAAUUCAGCCUUAGAACAAUGGCUUAAAAUUGGUAUGAUCAAAAGGCAGAGAUGUACGUGCUCAGAAUUGCUAUGGAAUUCACCAUAUCUUCACUGA